CCUCCUCUUUCUCCGGGGAAACUUUCCUGGAUCGCCUCCUCCUUUCUCUCGCUUUGCGCCUGGCUCGAAGGGGAGCCGGAGGAGGAGGAGGAGGAGGAGAAGCCGAUCCCCCUGGGCAGAGAGCCUUCCUCAUUCCCUCUGCCCUCUCCUUCCUCUUCCUCCUGGCGGGGAAGGGGACAAAGGCGGGGAGGGGGCGCGCGAUGGCCGGCCAAGGCGCCCCCCAAGAGGAGGAGGGGGAGGGCGAGGAGGCCAAGAAGAAGACCAAGAAGCAGAAGCAGCAGCAGCCUCAGACCCGGGGUUCAAGCUCCUCCAGCCUCCGCCGCGCCUUCAGUUGGCUCCGGGGACGAAGGAAGAAGAAGGCGCCCCAGAACCCCCCUUCCCCGCCCCCGCAGAAGAGUGGGGCGCCCCCUGCCGAGGGGAAGAAGCACAAAGGGGCUGCGGCCAAAGCGGAGAAUGAGCGGCGGCUGAGCGUCCAGUACAAGGCUGGAGAGGAGCAGCCGGACAACGUCUUCUUCCCCAGUUCCCGGACGCCACACCUGGAGCAGCUGCACUACCAGGCCCAGGCCGGACUGAGAUCCCUGCAGGACCAAGAGAAACACAAGCAGACCAAGAGGGCCUGGGACCACAGCGAUGCCAGCAGCAUCCAGUCUUCCCCGUCAUCCAUAGAAGGCGACGACAUCUCAAGUUCUACUUUCCGGCCGCAUGAUUCGUUUCCGAAAUCUGGGAAGGGAGAGAAGAGGAGGAGAGAGAGGAGGACCACAGUCCUGGGGCUACCCCAUCAUGUGCAGAAGGAACUUGGCCUGAGCAAUGGCUACGAUCCAAAGAAACGCCCGGGCAGCAUCGCAGUCAGAUCCACCCCCAGUCCGCAGCCCCUGGCAAACGGUGGCCAGGUGGCUGGCAACACCAUCCUCAUCCCCACCAUCGAUGGCAAGCUCCAGCCGGCCGCUGUCCCCACAGGCGGUGCCCGCGUCUCCCUCCAGGCCCUUGAGGUAAAGACAGCAGCGAUGGCACCAACGGCGACAUUAUCUGCAGCGGAGUCUGCCCUACAGCGCCACAUUGACCGCGUCUAUUAUGACGACUCACUUCUGGGCCGCAAAACGGAGGCCAAGCUCUCCCCACUGGUGAUGAGGCCCAAAUCGCUGGCCGUUCCCUGGAUGACUACACAGCCGGGCUCUCCGGAGCUCCUGGGCCCAGUCAUGUCCAUCUCCCCGCAGGGCACCUACCUAUCCAAGAUCAUCCCCAAUGCCGUCAUGCCUCCCAUGGUGGACGUCAUUGCGCUCUCCCGCAACCGGGUGCGCACUCUCAGCCGCUGCAGUCUCUCUACGGCCAGCCCAGCCCCAUCAGUGCGCUCUGUGGGCCUUUUCCCCCCGUUGCCCCGCAGCCGGGAGCACUCCUCCUCCAGUGACAACUGGAGCCAUUCCCAGUCAACUGAGACCAUCGUCUCCAACACUUCCACCAUCUCCUCCCAUGGUGGGAAGAAGGACAACAGCGACUCAGGGCCUAACAGCCAGGCCUCCAGGCAGCAUGAACCGGACCAGCUCAGCACCUACAGCUCUGUCAGCGGCACUGGCUCCAGGGUUGGUGCCAUCCCUGCUUCUCCCAGCCUUUUGGGAGUGACACGGCUUCCGGGCGGAAGUGGUGGUGGCAGCAGUGGGCGGGCUUCUCCAGCAUACAGCACCGGCAGCGUAGCGGACAGUUCGGACAGCGUGAGCCUGCGGAGCGACCGCUCCUCGACCCGCAGCGUCUCCCUCCGGAAGAUGAAGAGAGCGCCUGCUCCCCCCCGCCGAACCUACUCUUUGCACCAAAAGGCUCAGCAGUUGGAGGCCGAAGGGGCACCCAGAGCCAUGGGGUUGCCUCCAAAGCCAGACCGCCGUCCAGCUCAUAACAACAAUAGUGAGGUGUGGGUCGUGGGGCAGCAAGUGAGCCUCAGUUUGACGGGUGAGGAUGAGGUCUUCUCCCCAUCUUGCCCGAGCGAGAGCAGCAGCUUGGCCUGUUCUCCAGACAUCUCCCACCGAAGCCCCAUCACUGUGGACAAACUCCGUGAGGCGGAGGAGCUGAGGGCGGCUGAACACCAGGGGCUCCCUUCCAAGAACAGCUCUCCUGACCGCUUUGGCCGCACAAUGUCUCCCUCCAGUGGCUACUCCAGCCAGAGUGGGACGCCCACCCUCCAUGCCAAGAGUCCCCUGGGCCAGGCCUCCUCGCCGGGGAAGAAGCGGCCACAACCAAAGAAGCCGGAACGGGUUUGCUCUCUCCAGUCCCCAACAGCGGGACUCUCCGUCUCCUCCUCAUUGACCUCCUUGUCCUCUUCCACCUCGGAUCCGGCGACAGUCCCGCUGUCGGCUGUCGUCACUGAUGGCACCAUGUUGAACAAAGCAGAGCGUUUCAUCAUUCCUCCUCACCCCAAGGUCCCAGCUCCCACCUGCCUUCCACCCACCAAGGUCCAACCAGCUGAGCCAAAAACUGACAAUGUGGCAAUCACCAACAUGCAGAAACCCAGAAAUGGCUCUCCUCCUCCGUCACCUCCUCCUGCCUACCACCCGCCACCACCCCCUGCAAAGAAGCCCGAGUCAAGUUUGGAAACCCCUGCUGCUCUUGCUACUGCUGUUCCCAAUCCUUUGGAGGUUGUUGCAGAUGCUCCUCCGGAUUCCCUGUGGCCCCCUCCGCCGCCUCCAGUACCAGAGGAACAGGAUCUCUCAAUGGCCGACUUUCCUCCCCCGGAUGAAGAGUAUUUUUUGCUGCUAUCACCAGAAUCACAGCCAGUGGCAACGGCCAAGGAAAUGCCUUCCACCAAUGGUACUGAUGGGCCACCCCUUGGAGUCCCACCAACCAACCAAAGAGCCGUGUCUGCAGGGGAGGACGCGCCCACCUCUCUGCCUUCCUCCUCCUCCACCAUGGCGUCCUCAAAGAGCCAACAGCAAGGAGUCCCAGGCGACUCGCCACUGCCAGCUCCUACGCCAGAGCCCCCUCCACCUCCCAAGCUCCCAGCAGCGAUGGCGGAAUUGCCCACUGCCCAGAAAAACCACCACAAGCCUCCGGCCACAGUGUCAUCAUCAUCUGUGCCCUCACCCACUACCUUCCAAGCUCCGUCAAACCUCAAGAAGCCGGCCAAUGGCCUCCACCCUGAUUUCAAGAAGGAGCCGGCUGCUCGGAGCAAGAGCAGCUCUGUGCCAAAGGAAGAUGCUAAUCUGCCCAUUGUCACACCCUCCCUGCUGCAGAUGGUGCGCUUGCGCUCAGUCAACAUGGAUGCCCAUGGUCCGGCAGCUGUCCCGACAAUAGGCAAACCGUUAGCUGAGCAGAAUGGCCCGAGCGUGGGGAUCAAUGGCAAAACAGGGCCACAGCAGCCCACUGCCCCCCAGAAACCUAUCCGGAAGUCUCUCUCCUUGAGGGGCCACCCGUCUGCGUCUAAAGAAGCGGCCUCCUCAAACCCUAUGCACAACGCAGUGCGCUUGAAGGCCUCCACCUUGUCUUCUAGAGACACGCCAGGCCUUGGAGCGGCGGUGGAGAGGAAGGCUGGGAAUCGGAUGACAUUGCCUGCGUUUCCCACUUCGACUCUCUCUGCAGCCGGCGAGGUGAAGGAUAGCCCAGCAUCCCCGCUACACAAAUCCCCGGCAUCUACGGCCAGCUUUAUCUUUGCAAGGAGCCCCAAGAAACUAGUGAUCGAGAGCUCGUCUUCUCCGGAAGCCCAGGCCAACUUGCAGAAGAAUCUGGUAGCCGAAUUGAUGACCGUCUCUGGCCAGCGGUCCGUGGCAGCCCCAGGGCUUCAUCACCAGGCCUCUGGGAAGGCUACAGGCGAGAAAGUCCAGAAGGUGCCCCCUCCCAUCGCCAAGAAGCCUUUGCUUGGACCGGGCCACUUGCAGCCCCCCAGGAGCCCAAGGUCAACAGGAGCCGAGGAGCUGAGCUCCCCACUGGCGGUGUUUGGGGAGAGGACUAAGAACAGCGGGUCUGGUAGCCAAGCGGUCAUGGCGGGGGCUAAUGGAGCCGCCCCCUCCACAGUGCCAGGAGCCCCGCUGCAGAGUCCCCCAGUACAAGACCCACGGCAGGAGAUGGCGUGAAAGAGGACCCAUAGGUACGAGUGCCCUCCUUGCAGAGGAGCGUAAGACAAACACACAAUAUCUCAGGGACCUGAGCAGGCCAGGACUUGGGGACAAGGAAGGAAAGAAAACAGAAACAGCCUUAGCCUCUGAUGGCCUUGAUAUUUAUGCAAAAAUCGUGUUGGUUUCGCUUUUCUCACACCAGAAGACCAAGUAGCACAACGCCUUUCUCCUUGCGGCUGCCUCCAGUUCUUUCUUUCCUGAGCAGCCUUCUCUUCGCUGGAUUUGCUAGUGUUUUCUUUUUCCCACCGGAGGCUGUUUGGUGCAGAAGGAAAAGGCUUUCUGAAGUUACAACAAGGAGGAACGCGACAGCCAACCUCUCGGCAGAAGAGACACGGGCAAAGUUGAAUCAGCUUGGUGUGUUUUUCAAAGGCUGAACCCUUGGCUUCUUCUUUUUCUUUCUUCUUCUUUGUGGAUUGCAUUGUUGGCGGUGAGGAUGGGAGACUUGCCUGGCGCUGGAACAAAACAGAAGCACUUUCUCCAAAAACCAAGGCGGGGACAAAACGAGACUGUUUCUUCCCAAAUCUGGACAAGGCCUCAAUUCUUUCUCUGCUGACAGACAUCCUGUGGACCUUUUGCACUUGAAUGGAAGGGGAAUACUAGAGGACAAAGCUGUGGCAUAUAUAUGUAUAUAUAUAUAUAUCACAUGGGCUCCUCUGGGGAAAGUGGAUGAUUUGGGGAGCAAAACUUGGCUCUUUAUUUUUCUUACUUUGCAGACCCAGUGAGAUUUUCGCAGAGCACAAACUGGGGCCUAGCAGGGGCGGGAAACGGGAUCAGGGUGGCAAAAGGAUAUGGGAUUGUUCCUCACCUAUUAUUUCUCUUAUUGUCCUGCCCCAUUCAUUUCCUCUGUGCCUGGAAUGGUCUCUUUGAAAGGCUUCCUUUUUUCUCAGGAGAGCAAGAGGAAACCUUUAGAAGGUGCCUUCCGAAAGGGAGGCAUGCCUGGCAAUGCAAGGUAUGACAGGGUCUAACACGUAAGUCAGCAGGUGCCUUAGAAAAUGCGAUUGUCUCAGCCUGGCAAAGGGGCAGUUAGAGCACCCUAGAACCUACAAUGUGCCCAAACCUGGCUUUUCACUGCCACAGUAAAGUUAUAGCACACCUCUGCCCUUUGCCCCAAGAGGCCCCAGGUGUUGAGAUCCUUGCCCUGAUUUGGGAGAAGAGCUGAAAAACGGUGCGUUCAGUGCAAUUUUUUAAAUGCGGAUUCCACAAAAAAGAGCUUUGGCCUUUUAAAGAUCCCAAAUGACAGGCGUCGUGUGAUUGCUAACACCUGAAGUUGCAUUUUAUUUGGGGAUUUUGGGAUUUCACGUAGAGUUAAACCGGCUGGUGAAACCAAGUGAUUUGGAAGGAGUGUGCCGGCACUGCUUUGCGGUCCAUUUUGGGAGAGGCGGAAAUGAUACAAAGCGUAUAUAUAAUGGUAUAGAGCAGAGGUUCUCAACGUGUGGGUCCCCAGAUGUUUUGGACUCCCAGAAAUCCUAACUAGCUGGGAAACAGAACCACUGGUAUAGAGUGUAAAUAUACUAUAUGGAAGCAUACAAAGUUUAUAGUAUAUACACAGUUGGAUGUCCCACAUUGACCUUUAUGGCAUGACCUCUCUCUUGAUGGAAGUAGUGGGUUGCUGGUGGUGUUUAGGCCCACUGGCGGCAAAGAGUAUUAAUGUUGGGAAAAACCAUUUCCAACAAGGGUCUCCUGUGCUGGGCCUCCUCACCUGGACUCCUCUUGGGGUCCAGGUGAGUUCUGUUUGUGCUGAAAUCUCUGUCAAAAAUUACAAGGCCUGGAAGGAACAGGCCAAAGCAAGACAAACCAAACCAAGGCUGGGUUCAGUUAACCAAUGAGAGUUGACUCUUGGCAGCUUUGGCUUUAGAUCAACAGAGCAUUAUAAUGUGUUGGUUUUGUGGAUGAGAACUUGGGAGUCCCGUCAGCCACAUUGUGUUCAUCUGUGGGGCUGAGCAUUAAAGCUGUCUCUCUGGGGCCACGUCUGCCGUUGCCGACUGUAUGGGAGAGGAAUGCCAUUUUUUCAUGUCAGGAGCAACUUGAGAAACUGCAAGUUGCUUCUGGUGUGAGAGAAUUGGCCAUCUGCAAGGACGUUGGCCAGGGGACACCCAAAUGUUUAGAUUUUUUUACCAUCCUUGUGGAGGCUUCUCAUGUCCCCGUAUGGGGAGGUAGAGGUGAGAGUGAGCUCAACCUGCUCUCUCCGGAUUUGAACCACUGACCUAUCGGUCAGCAGUCCUGCUGGCACAAGGGUUUAACCCACUGUGCUACCGGGGGCUCCAUUAAAUCUCCGCACCUUUUGCUCAGUGAAAUCUUUUGCAGAGCAGUUUGAUAAGCAACAGGAAGUCAGGAAAUACAUCAAAUCCUUGGUGUCUCUAAAAUUAGCAUUUGGAAAAGGUCCUGAUCUUUUUAGAGAUCCAUCCUGGUGAAAUGGUGGCCCGGUGGCCUCAUUUGGUAGAAGCCAGGGCCCUUUGACCCAYAAGCCUCACUUUAUACUGCCCCAGCUCUUGCUGCCAGCUUCUUCCCUUUAUGUCAGUGAUGGUUGGAUCUUGRCCUYAGUUAAUGGCUCCCAAAGAGCAGCCUUCACACUCCUCCUCUCRGCAGCGUUGCUCUCCUUGAACCAAGUGUGCCUGAUGCUACAGAUCCCACAYYUGAGUCACCUGGCACCCAGGUAUGRGUCCYGUUCUGCUUGCCACCCAAUGGAGAAAGGCCAGGCCUUCAGUMCCCCAUAAGGGGCUCAGAGCACAAGGAAAGGCCKCUCCUGGCCCCCCAAUUGCCYGGCCAGGCRGUUUWYGGGACCCCACAGCACUUUUGAAAGACAGGAGAAGAAAGGUGGARAGACCAGGAAKAGMAGGGGACAGGUGCCGCYCUGAGGCCGGGCCUUURGGAAAGGGGACCAAACACCUCCCYCUUUUGAUUCUCCCAUUCCCUCUUUUAAGCCUUGGCUUUCCUUUCUCUAGGAACACUAGAUGACCGAUUUAUAUACAUUGAAAAAAAUCCUGGGGUCAUUUGAUUUGAUUUCCAUGAUUGUAAAAAACACAAAAACAAAAAACCAAGAGAUAAUGAAAACAGAAACCAAGAAAAUCUACCUUUAAGAAAGGGAGGAGUGGAAAUGAGGGUGAACUCCUUUUUUAAAAAAAGAGAGAAAAAGGUGUCUUUGUAAAGAUGAAUGAUUAAAGCUUGCUUGCCGAUUCUUUUA